UGUGUUUGGUUGUGUUUCUCUCUAAAUCGCAGCAGCUGAAAUGCUUUGGAUCAACGCCAUAAGCAAUUUCCUAGUGCUGUGGAUUGUAUUUGGUUUUGUGGAAUUUUCACAGGGUUUCCCAUUUUUGAACAUCACUGUUGCCCUCAAGUAUUUGGAGUUUCGAACGUAUUUGAAUGCAUCGGUGGAUCCAUGUGAUAAUUUCUACGAAUUUGCCUGUGGCAGUUGGCCAGAAUAUCAUCCCACCAGUGAAGAUGAUACGAGUGUCAGCUAUUUUGAAAUCAUGGAAGAAGCUUUUGAUGGUAAAGUAAGGGAACUCCUCAACUCGAGGGAUGAUGGUAUGGAGACGCUGGCUGAGAGAAAAGUGAAAAGUUUUUAUAGAUCAUGUCUCGCCUUGCCGUAUCUUUCGCUGGAGUAUAAUGACAGGCUGAGAUCACUGAUUUCGGAAUUUGGCCAAAUGCCAGCAGUGGCGGGGGUGGUGAGUGAUAAAUGGCCGGGAGAGCGGGAGUUCGAAUGGCAACAGGUGGUUGCCAACAUACAGAAAAAGUAUUCCAUAAAUAUUUUGCUUGGCGUUGGCAUCAACACCGAUUUCUAUGACAACCAAAUGAAAGUUCUGUUCUUAUCUUCGGGUGACUGGAUGUUGGAGGAGAGGGUGUCAUAUUUCAGUCCAGAAUUCCAAGAGUUACGGGAUAGUGCCAUCAAUGCCGUAGCCUCUAAUCUCGUGAAUUUUUUGGACAUAGAGUCCCCAGAGGCUAGAAAAGUAGCCAAGGAAAUUUUCAAUUUUGAACGGGAAUUGGCCAGAGGUCUUAGUGAAGAGGGUCUAAAGCCCAUGGAAAUGCUAACAGUAACCACUGUGGACCAAGUGCACAGCAAGUACUGGCCACACUUGGAUAUACGCAAAUUACUAAUGUCGAUUUUUGGCACAGUGCCACAUCUAAGAGUCUGGGAACAUCAUGGCUAUUUGGAAAAUUUGGUGCAAGUCAUGUCCCAAACACCCAAACGCAUUGUGGCCAAUUAUAUUUUCUACAAAUUCAUUGGUGAAUUCAUCUUUAGCAGCUAUGUCGAGAAGAGGGAACAGGAGACCUAUUGUGUUGGUCGAAUUAAGGAAUUUUUUCCAACCAAUUUGGAAAAUAUGGUCUAUCGCCGCUAUAAAAGUCCCCAAACUGAAAGGGACCUCAGAAAAAUGUGGCAAUAUCUAAAAAUGGCCUUUGAGGAUGUGCUUCGUUCGGGACAACUCGAUUGGAUGAGCAAAGAGACACGUCGCUAUGCCUUGGUUAAGCUUCGCCAUAUGCGUCUAGAAAUUCCAGCUCUUCGACCUGAACUAAGCGAUGAAGAUGCCGAAUCUUUGACAUUAAACGACAACGAUUUCAUUGAGAACCUAAAGGCAUUGAAAAUGUUUACAGCUACCAGUGAAAUCAAGAAGCUGUCAAGGCCCCUAACAGCCAUGGAUGAUAUACCCACGGACACCUAUUCGCCACAAAAUGCAAUAAUGUUUAACAUUAUUACCGUGCCGGUGGCUCUAUUGCAAAACUAUUACAUUAUCGGUGAAGGCAUACCCAAGGUCUUGAUGUUUGCAAAACUGGGUAGCGUUUUAUCCCACGAACUGCUGCAUGGCUUCGAUGAUGAUGGCCGAUUCUAUGAUAAACGUGGCAAUUUCCGUGACUGGUGGGACUCAAGAUCUGCAAAAAAAUUUGAGGCCCUAAAAGAAUGUUUUGCCCAGCAAUAUGCCUCGUACAUUUAUGCCGACCAACCGCUGCAUCGGCCACCCUCACAGGCUGAAAAUAUUGCCGAUAAUGGGGCGAUACGUCUGGCCUACAGGGCCUAUCUCAAAUGGUUGGCAGCGGAACGUGGACGAUAUCAUGACACGGCUUGGAAAAUACUGGGAGGUUUCAACUACACAUUGCGACAAGCGUUCUUUAUUGGCUACGCCCAGCUGUGGUGUGACAAUGUCGAUCCAAAACAUAAAAUCUUGAAUACCCUCACCGAUCCUCAUGCUCCAGCCGAGGCAAGAGUUAUGUUAACACUGCAAAAUCUUGAUGAAUUUUCCGAAGUGUUUCGAUGUCCAGCGGGCAGUGUUAUGAAUCGAGGGAACAAAUGUAAAAUUUAUUGAAAUAAUAACAAAUGGUGAUAUUUUUAAUAAAUAAUUCAAAAUUUCUAUUCCAAAAUAUGAACUUGUUAACAUACGG